CUGGCUCGUCGACCGUGACGUGGGACGCUGGCUCGUCGACCGUGACAUGGGACGCUGGCUCGUCGACAGUGACGUGGGACGCUGGCUCCGCGGCUGUGACGUGGGACCCUGGCUUGGUGGUCGUGACGUGGGACUCUGGCUCGUGAUCCGCCUCCCCCACAGUGAACGGGCUGUAGAUGAGCACUGGUGCAGCACUUUGAAAGUCUUCCGCUGAGAGCUCUGUCAGUAUGCAGUGUUUGUCUUUGUCUAUGAGGCUUGCUAUAGGCCUCUGCAGGUAUGUCAGUGUACCACACUUAUCACGCUCAUCUGUAUUACUGCAGCAAAACUACGUCCUUCAUCCCAGGUACAGCAGUACGACAGUAAAUCAGAGCACGGCGUCCUACAGCUACGUGAUAAGUGGGGCGGGAUCUGCAGGCUGCGUGCUGGCCAACCGCCUCUCGGAGAAUGCGUCUGAUUCGGUGCUCCUGCUGGAGGCGGGGCCUAAAGACAUGCAUCUUGGCAGCACCCGCCUGUCCUGGAAGAUUCACAUGCCCGCCGCGCUGACAUAUAACCUCUGCGAUGACAAGUAUAAUUGGUUUUACCACACAUUACCUCAGGCAGGCAUGGAUGAGCGGGUGAUGUACUGGCCUCGCGGGCGAGUUUGGGGUGGCUCGUCGUCACUCAACGCCAUGGUGUACAUCCGCGGGCAUGCCGAGGAUUAUAACCGCUGGCAGAGGGAGGGCGCAGAGGGUUGGGACUACGAUCACUGUCUCCCGUACUUCCGGAAAGCCCAAACGCAUGAGCUGGGAGCGGACCUAUACCGAGGGGGUGACGGACCACUGCACGUCUCGCGAGGAAAGACCGAUCACCCUCUGCAUCACGCAUUUAUCAAAGCGGGUCAGCAGGCAGGUUACCCCUUCACUGAUGAUAUGAAUGGAUUCCAGCAAGAAGGAUUCGGAUGGAUGGAUAUGACCAUCCACAAAGGUAAACGAUGGAGCACAGCGAGUGCUUACCUUCGCCCUGCCCUCUCCAGACCCAACCUGACAGCAGAGGUCGGUUGCAUGGUGACCCGUAUCCUUUUUGAUGGGAAUCGAGCUCGAGGGGUCGAGUUCCAGCAGAAUGGACAGACGAAAAAGGUGUUUGCUGAUAAGGAGGUGAUUCUCAGUGGAGGAGCCAUUAACAGUCCUCAGCUCCUCCUGCUGUCUGGAGUGGGAAAUGCAGAUGAGCUGCACAAGCUGGAUAUUCCUGUGACUCAACACAUCCCAGGUGUGGGCAGAAAUCUUCAGGAUCAUUUGGAGUUGUAUGUUCAGCAUCAGUGCACUCAACCCAUCACACUGUAUAAAGCACAGAAGCCAUUUUUCAUGCUAAAGAUCGGUCUGGAGUGGCUCCUGAAAUACACAGGUUAUGGUGCUACAGCUCAUUUGGAGAGCGGUGGUUUCAUUCGCAGUCGGCCUGGCGUUUCUCAUCCUGAUAUUCAGUUCCACUUCCUGCCCUCUCAGGUCAUUGAUCACGGACGUGUUAAAUCCAAGAUCGAAGCUUUUCAGGUGCACGUUGGACCCAUGAGGAGCACAAGUGUUGGUUGGAUCAAACUCAAGAGUAAAGACCCGCAUGCCCACCCCAUCAUCCAACCCAACUACCUCUCCACGGACACUGAUGUUUUGGAGUUCAGAGAAAGUGUGAAGCUCACGCGAGAAAUCUUCGCUCAGAAAGCCUUUGACCCGUUCCGCGGCCCCGAGGUGCUGCCCGGCCCUGCCGUCCAAUCAGAUGCGGAGAUUGAUGCAUUUGUUCGGCAAAAGGCGGACAGCGCAUACCACCCAUCCUGCACGUGUAAGAUGGGCGGAGCGUCUGACGUCAUGGCAGUGGUGGAUUCUGAGCUGCGUGUGUACGGUUUGGAGGGGCUGAGGGUGGUGGAUGCGUCCGUCAUGCCCAGCAUGGUGAGUGGCAACUUGAACGCCCCCACGAUAAUGAUCGCGGAGAAAGCAGCAGACGCCAUUAAAGGGCUUCCCUCACUCCAUGACCCGCAAGUGCCUGUUUACCAGCCCACCAGUCUACACACACAGAGAUAACAAUGACAUUUGGCCUGGACCAGAUAUGAUCAUACAUUUAAAGGGAUCGUUCAACCAAAAAUGUUUAAUCACCCUCAAGUUGUUUCAAACCUAUAUGACUUUCUUACUGUUGUCGAACACGACCACAUCUGUCAAGCACAAAAACACAUAAAAAACAUAAUAAAAGUAGUCCAUAUGACUUGUGCGCUAUAUAUUCCAAGUCUUCUGAAGUCAUUCGAUAGCUUUCUGUGAUGAACAGACACAAACUGAAGUGGAUAUUCACUUCUGUGAAGCUUUCAAAUCUAAUUUCUAAAUUACGAGUAAAUGCUAGUUACGAAACACAUGAGAUUUAUUUAAGAAUUGAUUAUUAAUAUUAUAUUAAUAUAAUGCGAUACAGAUACUGUCUCAGAUUACACAAACCUUCUCGCAACAAACACUGAGCAUGCAAGAUUAUUGUCUUACAGUGACACCUAGUGGCCUGGAAGCUGCAUCAUUCAAAAUCAAUAGUUUUCAGUUACAGGUGCCAUUAUAGAAAUUUACUAUGCACAGUAAGCCUGGAUUCAUUUAAUCCUUGAAUGAAAGUGUCCAAUAACAGGGCAGUUACUGAGAUAAAGCGAAUAGUAUUCAGCUGGUCAUGUGAUUCUAACAUGUAGAAUAAAAGAGCUUUUAUAAGGUUACUAAUACGAUUGAACUCUUCAUCUCACAUGAGGGGUCAAGAUUUCAUACAUAUGUUUCAGUAUUACUAUUCAUUUCUUUUAAAUCAAGAAAAAAAUGACGGAGUUCACCUUUAAAUGAAGAAAGUUAAUGCUGCCGCAUUCACCCCCUGUGACACUAAAUAGGAUUAGUGGGUAAAUGGAUAGAUGAACUAUGCUUUUAAGAAGUGUUUAUGUAGUUUUGUAUAAUGGUACAUGUGUGUAUAGUCAAAAAGCCAGUUUUCUUGCCAUGAAUUAAUCACCUUUCUAAACAACCUUAAAGUGUCAUCCACAAUGCUGGAGUCCUGUAAACAGCCAGUACAGUGUGUCUUCAAUUCUGACGUGCACUACAAUAAUUAAUUUAGUUAUAAAAAGGAUAACGAUUACUAUCAGGAGCACAACAUGAUGUGAUGUAAUCUGUAAGUGCCUUGAUUUUAGUUGUAACAGUGUUGAAUGUACAGUCAUGUGAUCAGGGACCUAAAAAUACCAUCAUACAUCUUUUGUAUGAUAAAUGCAGUUUAAUUUUAUUUUAUUUCUUAAAUGAAAGUUACUCAAUCACACAGUGGUUGAGUAUUGACAGAAGUGGUGUAGCCAAGUGUGUGCCCACCCUAAUUAGACCCUGGCCCACCCAGAAUAUUAGAGGUUUUUCUUUGACUUAAAAUAUAUAUGUAUAAAAUAGUGUAAAAAAAUGCAUAAAUUCUGAUUUCUGAAAGUGUGAAAGAACUUUUUGGAUGCGCCGCUUCUCUGUUGUUAUGUAAAAUGUGGUUUAAAAAAAAUUGGGGCGAAAACUUGGCCCACCUAAAAUAAAUUUCCUGGCUAUGCCUUGAUUGACAGCUAGGAUUUAUAGCACAUAUUUUACCAAUAAGCACACCUUUGCAAUUAUGGAUUAUAAUCAUUGAUAAUUAUGAACAAAACAUUGCAUUAGCUGACUAACAAUAGGACAUUUAAUGACAAAGUAUCUAUCUAUGCAAAUAAUUGUUUAUUGUUUACAGUGAGAGAGAGAUUUUAUGCUUUUUCUUUAACAUUUCAAGAUUUCUAUACUGGUACAAUGUAUAUAUAUAUAUAUAUUUUUUUUUUUUUAGUUUUAUUAAAUUGGAUUUAAUGAAUUGUAAUAAUGAGAAAAUGAGAGAAGUAAUGUACAAAAUGCACAUAAAAACACUUCAGCAAA